GGAUUUAUUCCGCUGCCUUCCUCUGAGAACACGUCCCCUCGGUGUCACACAAAAGCUAUCUUAAGCCUUGGUACUUUGUCCUAGUGUGACUGCACUCAAGUUGGAAUCGAUUGUUAAUUAUUUAAUGUUGACUGCAGGUGUUACGAGCCGUUGGCACAAAGUAGCUGCCCUGUAAGACCCAUCGUUGUCUGCGUAAGGUGGCCUGCAUCGGCGCAUGGCAUCCUGCCCGUGUGGCCUUCUCUGUGGCCCGUGCUGGUCAGAAGGGUUACCACCACCUGACGAAAUCAACAAGAUGAUCUACAAGAUUGGCCAGGGCUGUCUCACCAAGGAGGGCAAAGUGGUCAAGAACAACGCCUCCACAGAUCUGUCCAACAAGAGCAUCAACCCCAUGGGUGGCGUUGCCAGCUGUGGUGAGGUGACCAAUGACUUCCUGAUGCUGAAGGGCUGUACGAUUGGAAUCAAGAAGAGGGUGCUGACUCUGCGCAAGUCUCAGCUUGUGCAGUCCAGCCGCCAUGCUUUGGAGAAGAUGGACCUCAAGUUCAUCAUCGCCACUUCCAAGUUGGGACACGGUUGCUUCCAUACAGCAAUGGUUAAGAAGGCAUUCAUGGGACCACUCAAGAAGGACCGCAUGACCCGAGUUGGCUGGCUGUGGUCGCAUGUACAUUGUGUGCUGCAGCUAUUCAAUAAAAAGAAAAAAAGAAACUUGGUUUUUGUGUACACUUAUUUGCCAUACUGUGCUUGUAAAUGUAUCAAAGUGUUACUGUUCUGUGGUGUGCACACUGGGCCCUACACAGGAAUGCAGUCUUGCAUACUUUCAUCUUGACUGUUGCAAGUGUGAUUAAUGGAAGUAUUGCUGUAAAGUCCUCUGCAUUUAAUGUGUUGGAGUGAUCUAUUUAGUGAGAAGCGCCUUACCUCCAGAGACUAGUAAUGUGACGGUUGGCCUGUUCUGGACUCGCAGGCUAAAUGAAGAUUUUUGAGCAACAGACUUGGUAGUUGGCCAAAAUUGAGUUGGUUAUUCUGAAUUGGCUAGGCCUCUUGGUGAUCACGAAUGUUGCCACACAACGGGUAGUUUGGGUGGUGCACAUGGAAGAACGUGAUGCUUAUUUGAAGUGACCGCUCUGAAGAGUUAACUACAAUCUUGAGUGCACAGCAUCUUUAAUUAUGAGCGCUUGAAUACACCUGCAACAUUUGGUUUUCAAUCCUGUAU